CAAGAUUUUAAAAUAUAAAUUUUCGAAAAUAUUUUACCCGGAGUAAAUUAUUGAAAUUUAAUAUAUUAUUUUUUAUAUCAAAAAAUAUAUAUAUUAAAAUGUCGAGAGAGUCCGGUAGAAGGUCCGUGGAUAUGGGCGCCGUGAACCGAAGAGGCAAAGCUAAAGCCACCUCUGACAGUUCGACCUCACGCGUUUCUCGAGGAAGACACUCUGUCUCUUCCUUUCCUACUAUCCUCGAUCACUUAAUCGGGGACGCUAUGACGGAUGAAGAAUUCGAGCAGAUUUAUUCUGGUAGAGGGGACGCAAAUCUCCCCACUCUUGAUAGUGUAUUCGAAGAUAUUGAUGAAGCAAAUCUGGAUAAUCUGGACGGAGACGAGGAGCCUACAACGGAGAGCAACGACGUCGACCUGGAGGCAGGUGAGCCCGAGACCUCUCGAGGUCCGGACAAAGGUAAAAAAAAUAUAAAUCAGAUUUAUUCGUUUAUCAUUUUGACAAAGACACAAAAAAUGACGUAGUUUCUGGUACUUGUAAACAUUGCGGGACCGUCAUAAAAAUGGGAGUUUCCGGCGGUUAUGGCGGUCCGGAAAAACACCUUAGGUCGAGGCAUCCCGUGGAGUUCGCCAAAUACGAGGCAAAGAAGAAGGGACGACAAGAAGUGCAAACCCAAAUUUCUCGGUUUGCUAACAGAGGUAAGGGCGGCCUUUUUGCUUAUAGCGACGAGCAAAAUAAGCAAAAAAUGGCCGAAAUGAUUUGUGAAUAAAAUUUGCCAUACAUG